AUGCCUCCGAAGCGCAAAACCGGCGGCCCCUCCACCGCAUCGAAACCGCGACAGUCGAAACUCGCAAAGGAGCACAAUGUCACCGCGCAGGAGGAGGGCGAGAUUAAGGAAGCCUUUAGCUUGUUCGCGGAGCCCAUGGACGGCGAGAAGAACGGCGUGCUGCCCAUCAACGACCUGAAAUCAACACUCAUCGCCCUCGGCAUCCCCCCCUCGUCCCCCGCCGAGCUCCAGGAAUUCAUCGCAAUCCUCGACCCCGAAUCCGACGGCUACGCCACCUACGAACCCUUCUUCGCCAUCUGCGCGCUCAAGUUCCACGCGCGCGAUAGUAGCGGUAGUUCGGACGCCCACCGCGCGGAGCUCGCCGAGGCUUUUCAGCUCUUCACAAACGGCGCCGACGGGCCCAUCACACUGGCCCACCUGCGCCGCGUCGCUGCCGUGCUCAAGGAGGACGUGGACGAGGAGCUGCUCAAGGAUAUGAUUCUCGAGGCGAACGGCGGCGUGGGCGUUGCGAGGGGCGUGGGGAUGGAUGAGUUUGAUAGUGUUAUGCGGAGUGCUGGGGUUUGGCGGUGA